CCCUGUUUUCCGCCACUGCGCUGCACCACUAGUGUAGUGCGGGCACUGCCACUAGUCGAGUCGUCUGCUCUCCUCCACAGCUCCGAAGGUCCAGUCUCUCUCUCUGUCUCAUUGCAGGAAAGGUGAGCGAGGCGUUCAGCAAACAAGACUUGCUCCUCGAAAACCAGCCGAAGACAAUUGCGGAGCUGCUUCAUGCCUUCAGCCAGAGCGUGAAGCAACCAAAAACAUUAGAGGAGCUCAGCCCGUUCAGCAACUGGCAAGGGACGCAAGAAUGGCUGACUCGUCUCAUUUAUCUCGCGGCGCUAUUGGGGUCAACUCGCCUGACGCGUAUCGCACACUCACGACCGGCUAUGCAGGUCCAAACUCCUCUUUCUCACUGUCCGGAGGCAGCGGUGCAGGUGCCGGCAGCAGCAACAGUGGUGGUGGUGGUGGUGUCAGCAGUAGUGUUGGCGUCAGCGGCAGCGGUGGUAACAGCAGCAUGAUUGGAGGCAGCGGCGGUAUGGUCACCAGCAGCUCUGCCUCGGGCAGUGCGACGGCGGACGAGACGAUGACCACCGUGCACGGCGCGCCCAUCGUCACCAUCGACGCGGACUUGGCCGUGGCGGGAAAGGUGGACGACACUCUGGUCUGCAGCAUCUGCACGAACGUGAUGCGCGACCCUCACCUGGUGGUGAACUGCGGCCAUCACUUCUGUCUGCAAUGCCUGGAGAAAUACAGAACUACUCGUUCAGAGUGCGCUUUGUGUCGAGGACAAAUCACAGGUGCUAAAGGAGAGGUUGUACCUGACCUAAGUCUGGGGAGACGUAUCAACGACAUCAAGAUUCGCUGCGAAUCUUCCGACCUUGGAUGUCAAUGGAUAGGCCUUGUAGGAGACUACGCUGCGCAUUGUCGUAGUGAUGAUUGCCAGGUGACCUGUCCUCAGAAGUGCGGAGAGAACUUGCAACGAACAAAGGUGGAUGAGCACAUCGCGGAGGUUUGCCCGCAGUCCCUGGUUCCUUGCAAGUUUGUACGCAUUGGAGCAGGGUGCAAAUCAAAGCUGUUGCGCUGUGAGCUUGCAGAGCACUUGCGACAUUCGAUGUUGGAACACCAGAUCCUGCUUGCUCAGAGUGUGGAUUCGUUGACAUCGCACGUCUGGAUGGCAGCCAGUACGCCGAAUCAUGAGCGCACGACGGUCUUCACCUGGGUCUUCACCGACUUCAAGCGAUACCUGGAUGGUUCCAAGAACCGAUUGUUCAGCGAGCCGUUCUAUAUCGGACCCUGUGACAGUGGCUACAGGCUUGUCUUGCGUGUUGAGACUGGCUACCAAGAUCAAGCCAUAUCCACCUUCUACUGUGUGGCACGAGGCAAGAAUGACGACAGGCUGGAGUGGCCAUUCCGUCGACCAGUGACAUUUCAGGCGCUGCACAGCGUGACGCACAAGGUUGUCAUACAGGACCGGUCCAUGCCGCCGACGCGAGAAGAGUCCAUCCGCCUGAUCACGGCACGGCCCAAGACGGAACGCAACAAGCGAGGUUGGGGCCGGGCCACGUUUGUGCCGUUCAAGCGCCUCGACGAGAUCGGCCUGAAUGCCGCAAACUCGUUUGUGUUGCGCAUCGUAGUGCCCUGGAGCGAGAUGUCCGAGGCGACCAAGUGAGUUCCGCCGCCUGUGCGUGCUCGGUCAUCCGCCUCCACGACUGGCUGCUGCAUGAGAGCUGUUGACAUGCCUUUUUUAACAACGUACCCGAUCAUCACUUGACUGACUUUGACAGAUAUCUGCAAUGGAACUACAACCUGACCCUGGCACGCCUGGCCUACUGCGGCAUGCAUGGUUGUUGGAGUGCGCGCCACUCAGUUGCCAAGCAGAACGGAGACGACUUUAUUGAAUGGUUCAUUGUAUAUAUGACUUGAAACUGAAUCACCUGCUAAGACGUGCUCUCCCUGCCGCUCAACUUACCCCUUGUUCUCCCUUGCCAUUGUUGCUGAUUUGAUUUUUCAUUUCGUUUUCACCGUUGAAAUUACUGUUUUGCUGUCACUUGCUGUGCCCCCACGACGUGCACACGCACAUGACAUGAGCACCAUUGAGCAAUAACGACCGGUCACACACGAGCUGACACACGAUGUACGCCCAUCGUGUCCAGCGACUGGAACUCCCAGCACCUGCUAGCGUCCUAUUAAAAACAGCCUGGUUAUAUCAGCUGCAAGCGCGGCGCUGAACUUUGGCAUAAUUACAUCGUUCAAGUUAUGGUCUACAAUCAACUUCAUUCUGUCUCGCUUCUUCUUCUUCCUCUCUAAUAGCCUCUUGCUAUUUUUCACUUCUUGUUCCUUCCCUAUUUGUGCACAUGACUUUGAAAUCUUCUAUAAGAACUAUUGCUUCUGGAUGUGUACCCACUGAAGCAAAUCCCUCAUUGAUAUCUUCAUCAUUUUUGUAGGCUUCCCUGGUACGAUCGCCACCUGAACUUCUUGUUUGAGCACAGAGUAAGUGAUCACUCUUUGUCGUACACUCUUAACCGAAACAAAUGUCUGAUUGAA